AGUCAAUGUGUUUAAAGUCAAAGCAUGAUCAAAUUCAAAAUUUCAAAAUCAAAAUUCAAAAAUUUCAAGAUGUUGUGAUUGCUGUACAAUGAAGUAUGAAUAAAGAUGUGAAUUGAUAUUCUUAAAUAAAUGCUAUCAGGUUGAAAAGUUUAUAGUACAAAGUAAUAUAUUAAUAAAUUAUUGCGCGCCGUAUUAUGUUUGAGUGAAAUAUGGAGGAAAGACAUUGCGAAUGGGAAUCUGCAAAAGGUGCAAGAGAACCUAUAAAAUCCUUAGAGGACAAAUGGAAACUUGUUCCAUCAUUUCUUCAGAUAAAAGGAUUGGUGAAGCAACACAUUGAUUCCUUCAACUACUUUAUUAAUGUUGAAAUCAAGAAGAUUGUUCAGGCAAAUGAGAAAGUGUUCUGUGACUCAGAUCCUCUGUUUUACAUCAAAUAUUUAAAUGCAUAUGUGGGCACACCAGAUUUGGAAGAAGGUUUCAAUCUUACUAAACCAACCACUCCUCAUGAGUGCAGACUCCGGGACAUGACAUACUCUGCACCAAUCACAGUGGACAUUGAAUAUAUCAGAGGCAAUCAAAGGGUUAUUAAAAAUAAACAGUUAAUUGGAAGGAUGCCUCUUAUGCUCCGAUCUUCAAAUUGUGUUUUGACAAACAAGUCAGAUUUUGAACUAGCCCAAUUAAAUGAAUGCCCUCACGAUCCUGGUGGUUAUUUUAUUAUUAGAGGUCAGGAAAAAGUAAUUUUAAUUCAGGAGCAACUGUCAAGAAACCGAAUGAUUGUGGAUGAAUUCAAAGGAGCCAUACAGUGCCAAGUUACAAGUUCCACACAUGAAAAGAAGACCAGAACAAAUGUCAUUGUGAAAAAUGGAAAAUAUGUUCUUAGGCACAAUGCAUUAUCAGAUGAUAUACCAAUAGCAGUUGCGUUUAAGGCAAUGGGUAUUUGCAGUGACCAAGAAAUAAUGUUGCUUGUUGGCACUGAGGACGCAGUUGUAAAGAAUAUGGCCCCUUGCCUAAUGGAUUGUCAUAAUUUGAAGAUUUUCACCCAAAACCAAGCACUCACUUACAUUGGGGCUAAGCUGAAAGUUAAACGGUUUCAGACGUCUAACGCUAAGUUCCGAACCCCUGUUGACGAGGCGCGGGAUCUUUUAGCGACCACUAUCCUCGCUCACGUACCUGUGGAAAAUUACAACUUUUACGUCAAGGCCAUCUACUUGGCCAUUAUGGUGAAGAGAGUAAUAGAAGCCCAAAACAAUAAAGCUAAUAUAGACGAUCCUGAUUACUACGGUAACAAGAGAUUGGAGUUGGCUGGCUCCCUGUUGGCUCUGAUGUUUGAAGAUUUAUUCAAAAGAUUCAAUUGGGAAUUGAAGUCGAUAGCUGAUAAAAUAAUACCAAAAGUGAAAGCGGCACCGUUUGACGUUGUGAAGCAUAUGAGACCGGACUUGAUCGCCAAUGGACUAUUUACCGCCAUCUCCAGCGGAAACUGGACAAUCAAAAGAUUCAAAAUGGAAAGGCAUGGCGUCACACAAGUUCUGAGUCGUCUAAGUUACAUAUCCGCUCUGGGUAUGAUGACUAGAGUAAAUUCGCAGUUCGAAAAGACUAGAAAAGUGUCUGGGCCUCGCUCCUUGCAGCCGUCGCAGUGGGGAAUGCUCUGUCCCUCCGAUACUCCUGAAGGAGAAGCCUGCGGUCUCGUUAAGAACUUGGCACUCAUGACACACAUAACCACGGAAAGUUCUGAAAAGCCAAUUGCAAGGUUGGCUUGUAAUGCCGGGGUGGAGGAUGUCAGAAUAUUGGGCGGCGAAGAAAUAAACCAUCCUGCUGUUUAUAUGGUGUUCCUUAAUGGUAACAUACUAGGUGUAACCAAGCAUUACAAGAAAUUAAUUAAAAUAUUCAGAAUGUUUCGCCGUCGGGGAUUCAUAUCAGCCUUUGUGUCCAUCUAUCCGAACCACAACCAGAGGACUGUAUACAUCUGCAGCGACGGCGGCAGGCUUUGCCGCCCGUACAUUAUCGUGGAGAAGGGAUCGCCACUGGUGCAGCAAUCUCACAUCAACGAGCUGAAUAGAGGCAUCAGGAAGUUCCAAGAUUUUCUAGCAGAUGGUCUGAUUGAAUAUUUAGACGUGAACGAGGAAAACGACAGCCAUAUAGCGACACUUGAGGCUGAGAUAGACCCUUAUGUGACGACGCAUCUCGAAAUAGCGCCCUUCACAAUUUUGGGUGUUUGUGCAGGAUUGGUGCCAUAUCCCCACCAUAACCAGAGUCCGAGAAAUACGUAUCAGUGUGCUAUGGGCAAACAGGCUAUGGGCACUAUUGGUUACAACCAAAAGAAUAGAAUAGACACAUUGAUGUAUAACUUGGUUUACCCUCAGUGUCCAAUGGUUAAAACCAAAACCAUAGAGCUAACAAAUUUCGACAAGUUGCCAGCGGGUCAGAACGCAACGGUCGCUGUGAUGAGCUAUAGCGGAUAUGACAUCGAGGACGCUUUGAUUUUAAACAGAGCAUCCAUUGAUCGGGGUUACGGAAGAUGUUUAGUAUACAAAAGUGCUAAAACUACUAUGAAACGGUACAGCAAUCAGACCACGGACAGGAUCCUGGGUCCUUCUAGAGAUGGCAACACAGGAAAGGUGAUCAAAGCGCACGAAGUGUUAGAUACAGACGGUAUAGCCGCCCCCGGGGAAAUGGUAGAGAAUCGACAAGUGCUGGUAAACAAGCAGAUGCCGCCAGCGACGUUAAACCCAAUCGGUCAAGGGCAACCGCAACAUAUAGAUUAUAAAGAUGUACCAAUAACGUACAAAGGUCCAGUUGAAUCUUACAUCGAGAAAGUGAUGGUCUCAUCGAAUUCGGAAGACGCGUUUCUGAUCAAAAUUCUGUUACGUCAGACCAGAGUUCCCGAGAUCGGCGACAAAUUCAGUUCCCGGCACGGUCAGAAAGGCGUGACCGGUCUAAUCGUCCAGCAGGAAGACAUGCCGUUCAACGACCGCGGUAUUUGUCCGGAUAUGAUCAUGAACCCGCACGGGUUUCCGUCGAGAAUGACGGUUGGGAAAACUAUCGAGCUACUGGCGGGCAAAGCAGGACUGAUGGAAGGCAAAUUUCAUUAUGGCACGGCAUUCGGCGGUUCCAAAGUUCGGGACGUGUGUAGAGAGUUGGAGAAGCACGGCUACAACUACCACGGGAAGGACAUAUUCUACUCGGGGCUGACGGGCGAGCCGCUGGAGGCGUACAUCUACUCGGGGCCCGUGUACUACCAGAAGCUGAAGCACAUGGUGCAGGACAAGAUGCACGCGCGCGCGCGCGGCCCGCGGGCCGUGCUCACGCGGCAGCCCACGGAGGGCCGCUCGCGCGACGGCGGCCUGCGCCUCGGGGAGAUGGAACGGGAUUGUCUCAUCGGUUAUGGGGCCAGCAUGCUGCUGAUGGAGCGGCUGAUGCUGGCGUCGGACGUGUUCAGCGCGGACAUCUGCGGCGCGUGCGGGCGGCUGGCGAGCCGCGCGUGGUGCCACGCGUGCCGCUCGUCCGCCGCCGUCUCCGCCGUGGAGAUGCCCUACGCCUGCAAGCUGCUGUUCCAGGAGCUCGCCGCCAUGAACAUCGUGCCCCGGCUUACACUUAAGAAAUGUUGUGACACUUAACCCUUUAUGUACUAAUUAAUACUUUUCAUAAGCAUAGAUUUCAAUAAAAAAACAACCAAAAAAGCAUAUUAUUUUUUUUCGUAUACCAUACAAAUCAUAAUAACGAGAGAUCAACCAUAGAAAUGGCGUGGACUGACAUGAAACAACCAGUGGGCACUGCAUACCCUCAUUCAUCAUCAUUAACAACCCAUAUUCGACUCACUGUUAAGCGAGUCUUCUCUCAGAUUGAGAGGGGUUAGGCUAAUAGUCCACCACAUUCACCAAAUGCAGGUUGGCAAACUUUACACACAUACAAAAUUAAGAAAAUUCUCAGGACCCCUCACGAUGUAUUUCCGUCACGUAACUGAAAAGUUGGGAGGUCCAUGCCCCGGACCGGAUUCGAACAUACGCCCUCCGAUUUUAAAUCAGAGGUAAUAUCCACUGGACUAUCACUGUUGUUAGCAAGGCUCUAGGGACCCAUUAUGAAACUGUAUUGGAAGAGGAAUUUUCCUUGAUCUACAAUUUGUACAUAUAGUGCUUACUUACCCUGGUUAAAAACCUUGUGAACACCACUGGUAACAACUAUGAUGUAUACCCAGCAAAUGUAAAAAAAAGUGUU